AUGUCAAUGAUUUCACUCAAAUUCACGCUCUAUCGCAUAGUGUGCGAUGUGACGUCGUUUACUGGAAUCUUUGCACCGGAUGCCGAGGGUCACUGCAUUCCGGAAACGUCUGGUUUUGUGUGUUGCUGGUGUCGGGUUCCCCGGUUGCGCACGACAGCGCCUAUUGAGCCAAGCGGCUCGACUUCAGCGACCUUCUUCAAGGCAUUGGGGUCAGACAUGACUCUGAGCUUCAGCAAUGCCACAGGGAGCCUUGGUGUCGAUACCAACAAAGACGUCAUCGCCUUCCAUAUGAAGCCCCUCAGCUACAGUGGCGGACUCGCUCCAGUCGUGGCGAAGGGAACCUUGGACCCCCUGCCGUACGUUGGGAAGGCGGCGAAGAAUUACGCCAUCAAGUUGCGCGAUGCCGCCAACCAGGUGGUUGGCAAGCUUCUCUUUGCACUAGAGGCAUGGGAAACAGACGGUGAAACGGGUGGUGUGCCUGCGACAGGCAAUGAUCUAAGUGACAGGCAAGGUGCAGCAUCGGUCGAUAAGUUUGCACUAUCUCCAGAUAGUAAACCGAGUGCGGCCACCCACCACCGUCACAACCACCGCCAUGGUGACAAUGGAAGUGAGAAUGUUUUCCCAAGUCAGAUUCAAGUGCACAAAAAAGAGUACGUACCUCAGUCUUCACCGAGUGCUACAGUGACUCAGCAUAACUCCACUGAAACUUUUCCUGAUCGUCAUGACAGCGUGGAAAAUGCGGUCACUGCAAAGGAUGUAUCUGUGGCACAGCGGUCCAACACACAAGGAUCUGCGUAUAUGGAAAUGGAUAUUGAGCAGAUUAUUGUCAAGAAUGAGUCAAUUAGCCUCAACAAUCCAGCCCCAUUGCUCUUGGGAGGGAGCUAUUACUUAAAGAUUCGAUACGGUGGGUUCUCCUCGAGUACACCAUCUAUUGAAUGUCGAAGUCCAAUAAAGCUUAAAUACGCUCACCGUGUAGGAGUUAUUGGUAUGCCUGAGAGAGCUCACAAGCUUCGUUUUUCCCUAUGGGAGGAUGACAGACAAGUGGCGGGCUUUUCGCUGGAUCCUGCAAAGUUCCGUGUGCCUCCUGGAGUUUGGAAGGAGUACUCCAUUCCCUUCCGUUACUACCCGACACAGCAGGCCCUCUCCUUGGAGCUAGCUGUGCGUCGUGUUGAGGCAGCCAAGGGGCCGGGAACGAAGGAAAGGAAAAAAAAUGCAUUCAUCGUGCCAAAUCUUGAGUCAUCAUUGGAAGCUAGAGGGGCAUCAUCGCACUCAACCGAUGGGACAAUGAAGUUUCAGGAGAAGGCAGAGCAAAAGCCUGAACCUCUUAAGACGAUUUCAUGCAAUCAGGAAGGGGUUCCUGUUUUAUCAAGUUGUGUGGAGAAUGCAGAUUUGACUGUCUAUCGGCGUUGUAACUCGGCAAAAGAUUACGUACAGAAAGGGUAUUUGGAUCCCAAUGUACGCGAAAGUCACUGGAAAAGUGCAGUACAACAAGCCUACGAGGAUACUUCAAAUGAGGCAACCAUUUCAUUACAACGUCAGCCACAACAGCGUGGUGGAGGCUCCAGGGAUGCUACUACCAAUACAUCUUGUUUCACGGCACACAAUGAUUCGCAGGAGAAUAAUGCUGGUGCUGUGGAAGCGGGUGGUGUGGAGCAAGCAGGACAGAGCCGAGGUGCAGAUAGCGUCAAACGAAUACAGGCCUUCUUGGAUCAAAUUGGGUCUCGUAACUUGCGCUCUUCUUCUGCCACACGGCAAACAAUGCAAGGAUCAGAAUUGCCGGUAACGUCUUCGAGCCAUCGUGGUCGCACCGCGACGACAAUGGAAGAUUGUGGGGAUUCGCGAAGCGGCGAGCGAGACACCACGCCCCUGCGUGUUCCUGCCUCUUUGUACACAAGCUUGGACCGAAAAGAUGAUGUACCUCUUUCCGACUGGGGCACUGAUAACACCUAUGCGAGGGAUCACGUCCCAUGGGAGCGGUCCGCAUCUACAAAUGGAAGUUACACGGAUCUACGAAGGUACGGGAAGUUGCUUAAUGGCACACCAAAUGGUCGUGGGCGGCGUGCUGAUUUACUGCAUUCCCGAGGUGGUGCACGUCCACAUAUGCCCCCGUCGCUUAUGGACGAAUGGUUGGAAUGGCGAGAGAAACGGACGUCGGCUCAGGUGUCUCGGACAUGUUCUGUGAAUAGUGCUUUUAGCCGGGACGAGUCAGUGUGUUCCAUUGCAUCUCGUAAUAGAGCGGUAAGUCCGCUUCCAACGAAGUCGUUUGCGAAGUCCUCUGAGCAAAGACCCUACCAGCCGCAAUAUGUUCCGCGGUCAGCGAGCAGGAGCUCCGCUGGCCCCGGGCGACCACCGUUGCCAAUGCGUAGAUGA